CGCGGUUCAGCGAUGAGGUCGACCAGAAGACCGGUUAUGUGACCCGCAAUAUGCUAUGCAAUCCCAUUCUGGACAUAUACGGCCAAGUGAUGGGUGUGGCCCAAGUGAUCAACAAAACGGGAACUCCGUGUUUCACGGAGAAGGACGAGAAUGUGUUUUGGCAAUACUUGCAGUUCUGUGGCAUUGGUCUUCGGAAUGCCCAGUUGUAUGAGAGGUCACAGUUGGAGAACAAGAGGAAUCAGGUGCUGCUCGACUUGGCCCGCAUGGUCUUCGAGAAGCAGUCAAACAUCGAGAACAUAAUCUAUAGGAUUCUCCUUCACAUUCAAUCACUACUGCAAUGCGCCAGGUGUCAGGUUUUACUAUUGACUGACAGUAACCAAGAUAAUGAUGUCUGUCUGGAUGACAGCACCGACACGUUACUGUCCAAAUCAGACGAGUGUCAGGUUUUACUAUUGACUGACAGUAACCAAGAUAAUGAUGUCUGUCUGGAUGACAGCACCGACACGUUACUGUCCAAAUCAGACGAGUCAAUAGUGGAGAGUUUAGACGAUUCUAAUAAAUUUCGAAGUUUUUGUCGAGUUUUCGAUCUCGAGGCCGAAGAUCUCGGUGAUAGCCAAGAGGGCGAGACAAGGCUGAGCCCAUUCGAGGGUCGGUUCCCAAUCAAUAUAGGAAUCACGGGAUACGUGGCCACAACCGGCGAGACACUCAAUAUAGCCGAUGCCUACGAAGACCCCCGAUUUGACCCCUCCGUAGACAAUGACAGUCAUAAGGGCUUCCGGACGAAGCAGAUCCUAUGUAUGCCUAUACGCGAUGCCGACCACAAAAUCAUUGGCGUCUCUCAACUCAUUAAUAAACUCAAUGAAAGACCGUUUAAUAAGAACGACGAGAACUUGUUUGAAGCCUUUGCCAUCUUCGCGGGGAUGGGAAUCGCCAACACAUUGCUGUACGAGAAGGCAAUUAAAGCGAUGGCCAAACAACGGGUAACCCUCGAAGUGCUCUCAUAUCACGCCUCAGCUCAAGAAGAAGAAGCCCUCAAAGUCUCCGUAAGUCUAUUAUGCAGU